AUGCAAUCCACUGAAGACUGGUGGGGUAGUUAUGGCUCUGUUAUUCGAGAUGCCAAGAUCAAAUUGCACAGUGUGGCGGAAUGGAGGGUGGCCCAUGUAUCUCGUGGAGUUAAUACAGUAGCGCAUAGACUUGCUAAAUUAGCACUUUCCAUACAGGGGAAGCAUACUUGGGUAGACGACUAUCCUUCGUCUUCCUUGACAAGGGAGUUGGUCUCGAGAAUUCGACCCACCAUCUGGUCAACAUCGUCGAAUUGGGAGCAAUUCUUGCGUAUGGGGGGCUUCUCCCCCUAUAAAUUGACAAUAUCAACAUCCUUUUGUUUUCACCGCCAUCUUCCACACCUCAGCUACCACUUCCCCAUCUCCAUUUUGUUCGACCUCUUGUUUCCUCUCGCCAAAGAAGCGUUCUCCUGCUCUGUCGUGCAAGUUCUGAUAGAGUAUUUUCAGUCCUUUCGUUUUGUUAAGCUGAGCUCAUUCUCUACCAUAUUACAUGAUUUAUGUUUCGUGGAUUUUGAUAACUUGAGUGCAGCUCGAGCGAAGCUAAGUAUUGCUUUGUCAACAGCCUUGAUCCCCUUUUCUGAGAACACUAAGUUCCCUUUAAAUGAUCCGUACGUCUGUGUUGACAAACCACAGUUGUUUGCGCAAGUGACAGAAGUGAUGCGGGUGAUUGCAACCCCUUACAGUCUGCUAACUGCAGCGGCCAUUAAAGACUAUUUUUCUGCGUUAGCUCGCAUGCGUGAGCUGAUCCAUUCCCCAGUGGACGAAGAUCGUGUAGUCUUCUCUAGAGAAACUUUUGAGCGUGAGUUUCGCCUGUGUUGGAGUUGAUGGUUGUAUUGGCGAGUUACCUUCUUUUAUUUUGCGUAUUACUAGCUAUUAUUAUAUAAUGACCCUGUUCUUGAGUGUGAAACUCUUUGCCCUUUUGCUGUUCUUGCUUUGAUUUAUUUCGAAAAGUAGAGUG